UUGUAAUUGAUCCUAAUAAUCAAUAAUGGCACAUUUUCUCUGCAAUAGAGGUAAACACUAUCAGAAUAUUAUUCUAUACUCAGUGUUGUCGUAUUUGAUUGCGAGUGCAAUCGUAUUAAUUAUUGAAAUAUAUAUUCUAUUAGGAUCACAAUCGCUUUCAAGUUGUCGUUUCAUCUUGGCUAAAUUGAAGAUAUGACUAUUCAAACAAUAUCGUUUUCUGUGUGAGUUUUACGUAGAUUAUCUUUCGCACAACGUCAAAGAGACGGUCAUAAACGAGGUGGCGUAGUUAAUAUAAUGAAGAACGGUAUUAUACCUUUAGUAUUUAAUCAAAGUGCAGUUCGAUCAUCAUCUUCGGUCACUGUGUAUAUGUAUCUGUAAAAUACCGUCACCGCCGUAAUAAUAUCGAUUUUCCGUAAUACGAGAUCCCAGCGUCUUUGAUAUACCUUCUUUUUUUUUUCUUUCAUCCUCCACGAUGACGGAUCACCCUUUGUAACAACACACCGAGUAAACAACGUUCUUGUUUUUAUGCGCAUAUAUGUCCGCGGAUGUCGCUCCUAUGUAUAAAAAUAGUGUAUGCUUUUAUCUUGGCUUUUAUCUUGACUACAGUUUGUAUCUGAAGUCUUUAAAUGCGAUUAUCGGGUAAAUAUAGAAGUUUUUCUCCGAUGGAAUUAAAUAGGUCGCAACGUAUUAAAUGUUACACAUAUAGAGAUAAAUGAUAUAUAUUUCCGAUAUAUAUUUUCAUUUUUCUUUUUAAGAAAGUUCAGAUAAUUAUGUUAAAGGCCAUUAUGGAUCGUUGGACAUAGUUGUUCGUUCUGAAUAGAGCGUAUUAUUAUUCGAAUACAACAGGAUCGCCGUGUAUACAUAAUAGCCUCGACGAACGUAAACAUUGUUUACAAUGUCUUAUUAUUACGAGGUCGCCGAACACUUGGAGAGGGGGUUGUACGCUACGUGUAAAAAGACCUGGAAUAUUAUUCGGGGAAUUUUCUGGCAUUUAUUAGUUGUCAGCUUUCGGUUGAGAAGCUGUGUCGGAGGAUCGAGUAAAUAGGCUACGGAGAACAGCAUAAGUAGCAUAAAAGUUGUAUUUGUAGUAAAACCGGCCGUGGAAGAAAGUUACGCCCAAUCGAUCGAAUUCACGGUGCAAAUUGGUGCGUUGGGAAACAGGGAGGCUGUGAUGAGGGAAGUCGGCUAAGAAGAGCCCGUGUCGCGCAAGCGCCGGUAGAAGAGUAUAGGAAAGAUGCCGCUUUCCUCGAGAGUCUUAUUAAGCCCGCUGCUGCUUCUAAUCAUCGCAGGAAGCACCGGCGCCUUCAGCUCCCGGCAAGGAGAAUGCUCGUUUCCAGCGAGAUGGGAAGGCAAGUGGUUCCAAAGUGGCGUGAGGCAAUCAAUAGAGAUACUCAAGAACGAGUUAUCAACCAAGGGCAAGUGCCUGCACAACGAAGGCGACAAGUUUCUUCUAGUAGAUCAAAAAUCAUGCUAUCGCUGCGUCGUCAUUCACGAGAAGCACCCCAACGUUCUUCAGUACAAAGAAACUUAUUGCCACAGUAGAAAUUCUCUGGCAUCCCUCUGCUCGUAUAUUACGGGCGAUGCGUUGCUAUACUCUAUGUUUCGCGAGGAGGCAUCUCCCGUAGCGUGCCCUUUUCGCGGACCCAUGACCUUCUCGUACAACCGGGGCCACGGUACGUGUUCGAAUCCGCCGAGCAACGUCGACACCUGUACAGAUGACAGCAGACUUCUCUUCAAGUACCAGGCCUGCCCCGAUGUAUCCGCUUCGGAGAGUGCAGUGGAAGAGCUGGAAUGCUUGGCCACCUGGAAGGAGGGUAGCAGCCGUUACUUGGUCGGCCGCCUGCAUCACGGCCACGCGUCCAGCAACGAGGAUCGAUACCGAUGCUUCGUGUACGAGAAGGCCGGCCAGACGGUGCAGGGUAACUUGAACAGGGCCGCCAUGGGCAUGGGUGCCAUGGAUCAUGAGGUCGCUCUGCCGGGCGGACCGGUGCCCGAGGGCUCCGCCGAGGUAUACCGGGUGGCACAGAGCGGCGACGCCACGUGCAACGGUCUAUUCAGUCCCAUGGAGGGCUCCCGGACGAUGACGUUGAGGAAAGUCUCGUCUCCCGGCGAAUGUCGGUUCCCGAAUUGGCUGACCGGACACUCGAGUGGCGGACUGACUUGGCACACUCUGGAUCUCGGCAGAUCUUACACGUUUCAUCCCCGAAACGCUUCCUUGCACGUCGCUCGACCGAACGCGACUUCGUCGAGCUCUGAGGGCGGGUCCAUGGACUUACAAUACGUGCCCGGACCGGAGGACCAGGACGUGAAGAUCCUCUGCAACAGCAUAAAGCAGUCGAACGGUGCGCAGACCAUGACGAUGACAAUGUUGGUAGCACACUUCACUGUUGGCUGUCGGAGCGGUUUUAUGUGCAUGACAUUCUACCGAAGAGACGGCCACGUGAUCGAGCUGCAGACGGGAAGUGCAGUAUCUAGACCGGAAGAAGCAUGCAGCCCGCCCCAUUUUCUGCAGCACAGUAUGCCCUUCCUCACCUUAGUCACGAGUUCUCCGGAACCACGCACCUGUCCGUACUUGGGCAAGUUCACGGUGACAGACGUAAAUAGGAAUCAACGGAAUACGCGCGAGAGCCGCAGAGGCCAACACCAGCAAGAGUCCCUGCCCAUUCGUCACGACGGUGAAAAAGUGCGACACGCUCAAGAGAGGAUCGAGGACCGGCGGGGCCGCAAGCUGGAUUACGAGGUGGAGAAGAGACGGGCCAACAACGAGUAUUUGAUCCACGAAAGGAUGGGCCGGCGGGCGCGUUCGAAUCGUGGCGGCAAUCGGGGUCACAAAGACUAUAGUCUGGAGGAAACCGCCACCUCGUCGAGGAGAUCCUCCGAGCUGGAGGAUACCUUCCGAGACUUGCGAGAGCGUACCUUGCGCUCGAAGAUCAGAAGGUCAGGCGACCACUCGGAGCAACAUAUUGCGGAGAGUUCGCGCUCCAAGACAAGAAGGUCGCGCGCCGUCGGCCGCUUCGAGGAACACGCUUCGGAAGAGAUUGAAUACGCGAAGGUCAACAGCGAAGGUGGAGAAAUUAUGGACGAGAUAAACUCGAGAGAUAAGAUGAACAGAUCGAGAAGAUAUCCGAUAGAAGACUUCCGGCCGGACGAUGCGGAUCUGAUCAAACGAUUCUGGCUCGUGGAAGACACCUGGAGCUCCAGCUCGCUUCAGGUGCAGGAUGAUUAUUUCGGGGAUUAUCUAGAGGCCGAAAGCCCGCCGCGAAAAAGAUCCGCGUUGGACAGUCCGGCCGACAAAGGUUAUAUGACCUACAAGGAUCUUUUAAGGAUGAAGAGGGAGCUUGAGGAACGCGAGAGGGAUGAUAACAUCCCGGAGAGAAGGGAGAAGAGGAACGAAGAUGACUCGAGGUGCAGCUCCGAGGUGAGGACCUUAACCGUGGGCUGCUCCACAGCGGACAGAAUGGAGUUUCAAAGUGACUGCGUCGACGACGACGCUAUCACCGCCUACUCUUGCCACGGUAGAUGGUUCGACGCUGAGGGCACGCAGUUCGUGAUCGCCACCCCGUUGGCGCGCAGAACAGCGUGGUCGAACAGCGAGGGCAACAAUAGAGCGCAGCCCUACAGAAACAGCCAUAGACUGUGCUUCAUGUACAAAGAGAGCGGCGGAGUUGUCAGUUUGACUGCCAGUCCCAUAGCAUGUCAGAGAGGCAUCCCGCCGCCCGCGCCGAUGUUGGCCUUCAACGCUACCAGCACCGGUCAAUGCAUGGAAACGAACGGCGGGAGGAUCAGCCGAUCGACGUACCUGACGAUCGUUCUGCUGAUGGGUGCUGCCGCGAUAUUCAGGUGAUUCUAAUCGAAAGCGCGACAAUUAAUUCAAAUCAGUUAAAAAUCGAUUUCGACAGUGGUAUCGAACACUCAGUGAUCGUUGUAAGAGAUAUUCGCGAUAUAGUGAUCGGCCAUGACGCGACGCGACGCGAUCGAUUGAUCGAACGCCCGGGUCAAUCUAUGAGAAAAAGGACAGAGUGCGAUUUUAAACCGUGAAUGAGAAGGAUACGGGGGAGGAAGAAGCCAUUGACCGGUUCAUACAAUCGUGCUCGAGCUCCUGUUAGUUUUUAGCUGUCGGGAGAAACUCGCGUUCGAAGUGACAUUCUUGCAUCGUCAACGAAAACGAAACGGGUAAGCGACGAUGAAAAAAGAAGGAUACGAUGGAUCAUCUCGCGAAGAGUCGACGAAAGAGAUUCCAAGAAAUCAGUGGAAAUUAAUUGAAUUUCCAACGGAUUUGGUGCGCGAUCGAAGAAAGAAAAGCUCGAGCGCGAGUUUUCCUUGGCGUGUAGGUUUUUUUACCGGACGUAGCGCGUAGGCACUAAGAUCGGGCGAAGAAAUUAACGAAAUUAUUAAGCAAUUUUUAUGGUAAGACCAUAUCACAAGAUCGGUAUCGCGACGCAAAUCUCGAUCGAGAAUAAAGGAUUCGUAGGAUCGAUCGUUCUGAAAUCCUAUCGUUUCUAGCCGGUGAAAAAUACGAUCGAAUUACUUUUUAAAACGAAGAAAGAGGAAGGAUUGCAUAUAUGAAAAGACUAUACCCUCGACAAGUGCAAAAAAGGCGGAAGAGCACUUACGUAAAUAUCUUCUUCGCCGGACGAACGCUCAUUUCUUUGCUCAUCUUCGGGCAUGUACCCUCUCAAUAAAUACCGAUUAAUUGACGAUACGCGUACUAAUUAUAUCGAUAAAUUACAUGUAAUAUUCGCGGCGAGCGUCACGCUAUCGUUCUUCGAUGGAUCGAGUGGACUUUUGCAUGUCUUCACGAAAUAUCGCCGCGAAGGAUGAAGGGAAAAUGAUGGUCGGUGAGUCGCUAGUCCUUCGGCAAGGACGAGUCAACCGAGCGAGAGCAGUUAAUUAAAAGUGAUAAAUGAGAAUAAAGAUAAUAACCCGUAAAAUAUCGGCACACGAUGGAAACUUCUUUAACUGAUAAGAACAAAUGUGUAAUAUUAUUUCAUCGAACCGUGACCCCGAGGGUUUUAUAUGGAGACUCGAGAGAUUGUUAAACGAGAUGAAACUCCAUUUCCGGAUGUUAUUUGGUACUCUUCCUCGGGGAGAUGGACUCACGGCUCACCACAUUUUUCGUUAUUCAUCCGUCGAGAGGAGCCGCCGAGAAAUCGCACGCUGCGACGCGCCUCUUCGCGUGAUAGACGGACGAGCGAUCUGUAUUUUCGUCUCAUUAGCAUCUCGUUAGGCGCGAUGCAAACGUGUGGUCCGCCUAUAAUUCUAAGUUUUAUCCGCCGAGAAUAAAGAUCGCGUGCAAUAUCUUUAACUGUUAAAUGCACAGUGUGAUCGACGCGAAUUUCUUUGUCUCUUAAAAGCAUUAGCUUAAUCGUGACGGGAUGCGCGCGGGCGACAUUUCUUCGGCGAUCCAUUUGACGUAAACAUUAAUGUUAAGCAAUAAGCAAUAAAGAUACACGAACAUAUAUACAAAGAUAUACACACGCAGACACAUAUAUGCGGCGGCAGCACGCUCGAGAAAAUGGUGAUAACAAGGAGGAUGUUGCGUUUAGAAAAACGUGAAGGCGUUAAUUCGAAGGAACUCGGUUAAUUAGUUCCAGAUUUUCGCGAUUAAUGACGACAGAUGAAGGCCGGACAUGACGUGUAGGACGCUACGAUAUUAUUGUAACUAAUACAGAGUCUAUAUUAUAUUAUUGUACAACCAUCUUUGUAAUAAUUAAGCCGUAAUCGCGCGUGAGUGACAAGAUAUGUAGGAAGAAAGACAAACAAAGAGGAAGUUAGGGACAUCAGAAAGAGAGCGUGAGUGAGAAAUAAAGUGUAUACAUGUACGAAAGAGAGAAGGAAAAAGAGAAUGAAUGAGAGUGAAAAUGAGAGAGAAAGAGAAGAGAGGGGGUGUGAAAAAAAAGAGCGAAUCAUAGGAAAAAGCCAAUCGCUAUUUUAGCACUUUUUCAAUCACGUUGUACGUAGUUUCUACGCCACUUACAACUACUUCCGUCGGAUUUGAUUUAAUCAACCAGCGACGUCGACGAGAUCGAUUCUUGAGAGGCGAAAUCCAACGAAUACAGCGAGGAGAAUACCCGUCAUCGCGUCAAUCACGCGUCAUUCGUUUAUAUCCACUUGUAAUUAUCUCUCCUUUUUCCCGUUUCGAUCUCUCUCGUUUGCUCAUAAUUCUGUGAUAACGUUCACAGAAACUUUCAUCGCGAUAUGUUAUUCGCGUUAUCUCGCCUUUGCUCUCAGCCAAUCGUCAGAAUCGACAUUUAAUAUCGUAUGUUAUUUCACGCUUACUCAAGAAUCCUCUCGGACAACUCUCGCUUCAUCGGGCAACACUAUCUCCGUUUCAGGGUUCUCAGAAGAGAAGGAUCGAUCUACUUUCGUUAACAGGUAUCUCCCGGUGAUGCACCGUGAGGAUUAUUACCGUCAGCGCGCACGGCAAAACGAGAGUGACGCGAGUGACAUUUUUCACCGACAGGUAGGACUUAGGCUACUUAGGACACUUAGAGGUAAUCACAUUAGGAGCCAUACUGUACCUAUGAGCGCAGCGUACACACACACACACACAUAUAUAUAUAUAUAUAUAUAUAUAUAUAUAUAUAUAUAUAUAGAUAGCGUAUAUGAAGUAGUUAAGAUCGGGUCUAGCCGUUAAGAUUUCUCUAGCUUCUUAGGGGAUAAUAAGCUCAUUGUGAACAGCAAUCAGAUCUGAUCCAGAUGCCCCGCGGUCACGAAUCACGCGUGUACAAUCCCGACGAAGUCCAGUCGUUGUAAUCUCGCGUCUGUCAACGAUACGCGAGGUCAAUCGGAGGAGUGUGCGACUAUCAGUGAAAAUAAUAUACUCGAUACAGUAAUAGUCUAAUUCACACUUUUUUAAGAACUAGAAAAGAUUAAUGUCGAAAUUAGAUUUUUUGAACUUUAAUAUACAUUUUCUCAGUGUGUAUUCAAAAAAAAAAAAAAAAAAAAAAAAAAAAAAAAAAAGAAUUAAA